AUGACCGACCCCAUCCUCGAGGUCGCCGAGACCAUUCAAACCGCUUCAAUCAACCAGAACCCAUCGGCGGCCCAUGAUGUGAACCCUUCCACCUCCGCCUCGGAGAAGAUUCCGGUUGUCGCACCGGCGUCGGACGCCGGGAGUCUGGAUACAGACAUUGUGGACGAAGACCGGCAGAUUCGCCCUGUACGCCGGCGCCAAACCCUGCCUGCGCUUCCCGACCUGCGCUUCGAGCAGAGCUACCUGGCCAGUCUGAAGGAUGCUGACACUUGGGGGCGAGUGGCGUGGAUUACCGUGAGAGACCAGAUGCUCCUUCCGCUCUUCCAAGGCACUCUGUGGACCCUUGCACUUGCCGGCUGGCGGCAUUGGAACCGCAACGCUUCGUUGAGCGGCCAGACACUCGGAAGUCGGCUUCGCAGAUGGUGGUAUGGAGUCAACAACUGGGAGUUGCCGCCCAAGUGGACCUCAAGUCCUAAGCUGACGCAGCAGGUUGAAGAUUUCUACCAAAAUCAGUUCUCCAAUGCGGGCUCCGACUAA